GUAAUAUCCACGUUCCCCAAAAACCCCACAGACCUCGUUUUGACCGAAUUCUCUUUUUCUUUCGCUUUCUCCUCUUUAUUCUCUUCUGUUCCCAUAACUCACUCUUUCGUUAUUGUUUCAGCCUUCUCAAUCCCUCAAUUCUUCUCCUUUCUCUACACCCAUCACUUUAUUCUCCUUCAACUCAAUGCCACUCCACGGAAAAUGAGUGUUCAUUAGCAUUAGGAUUGUUGAUUAGGACAGGUGAGUCCAUUGGAUUGGGUUAUUAAGUGUCAAUGGGGGGUGAAAAGGUGAACGGGUCAUGGUUCAGUACUUUGUGGCCAGUUUCUCGCAAGAGUGCAUCAGAUAACAAGGUAGUAGUUGGAGUUUUGGCAUUAGAAGUUGCGGGGCUGAUGUUGAAGGUGGUUAAUUUAUGGCAGUCUUUGAGUGAUGGGGAGAUGUUGAGUCUGAGGGAAGGGAUAGUGAACUCAGUUGGAGUCAAAAUGCUGGUGUCUGACAAUGAUGAUUACUUGAUGGAGCUUGCGUUGAAUGAGAUACUUGAUAAUUUUCAAUCUCUGGCACGGUCUGUGGCUAGGUUGGGUAAGAAGUGUGUGGACCCAGUUUAUCAUCGUUUUGAAUAUUUUGUUCAUAACCCAGCUCAAAAUCACUUUCAAUGGUCUGGGUGGGAGUAUAGAUGGAAAAAGAUGGAGAGGAAAGUGAAGAAAAUGGAAAAAUUUGUUGCCGCUAUGACACAGUUUUCCCAAGAGCUCGAGGUGCUAGCAGAGGUUGAACAGACUUUCAGGAGAAUGCAGGCGAAUCCAGAAUUGCAUCUGGUGAAAUUGCUUGAGUUUCAGAAAAAGGUCAUGUUACAGCGCCAGGAAGUGAGGAGUCUCAAGGACAUGUCUCCAUGGAAUAGAAGUUACGAUUAUGUUGUCCGGUUGUUGGCGAGAUCACUAUUUACAAUACUGGAGAGGAUCAUACUUGUCUUUGCAAACUGUCACCCACCAACUGUACAACAACAGAAUGAAUCCCUGCAUAUGAAUGCUAACAAUCUUAAUCGAAGUCAUUCCUUUUCUGUUAUGCAUUCUUCUGUUCAUCCUUCAGAGCAUGAUUUCUAUGGCUUCAAUUCAGGACCUGUCGGGGGGAGGCCAGUGUCCAACUCGGGCUUUUUAGUUGACAAGGGCAAGAGAAAGAAGAAACAGCAGCAUACCGUUCAUGAACCAGCUUUAAGCAGAAAGAAUCCACAUUCAGAAAGCAAGCAGUUAGGACAUAUUGUGGCCUUCAAAGGUUGUAUGUCUUCUGCAAACAAUUCUCCUGUCAUACAGAGCUGCAUGCAGACAAAUGGUGGUUCCAUGCGGUUGACUGAUUGUCAUUUGAAGUCCAUUGAUAAAAUGAAAACAGUGGAUAACUUUUCUCUCUCCAACAGAAUUAGAAUAUAUUCUAGAUUAUCCAUCAAGAACAAGCUAAAACCAGCUACACUUACCCUUGGUGAUGCGGCUCUAGCCCUGCAUUAUGCAAAUAUGAUUGUAUUGAUUGAAAGGAUGGUGUCAUCACCUCACCUGGUUGAUCUUGCAACAAGAGAUGAUCUGUACAAUAUGCUUCCAACUACUAUAAAAACUGCUCUGAGGGCUAAGCUUAAGUGCCAUGCAAAAAGUAAAUCUUCUGUUCGUCAUGAUGCAAACCUUGCUGCUGAAUGGAGUCCGGUGCUUGCACAGAUAUUGGAAUGGUUGGCUCCACUGGCACAUAACAUGAUAAGUUGGUAUUCUGAUAGAAAUUUUGAGAAGGAGCACUCAAUUUUGAACGCAAAGGUGUUACUUGUCCAAACUCUUUACUUUGCAAAUCAAGCUAAAGCUGAGGCUGCAAUAGUUGAUCUUCUUGUAGGUCUCAACUAUGUGUGUAGCAUUGAUACAAGAGUUGGCACAAGAGGUGCAUUAGAUUGUGCUAGAACUAGAUCUUUUAAUGCAAUGUACAAUGAAUUUUCAUAGACCAUGACGUUGACAACGUCUUAAUGUUAAUGCCAUCAGCGCUAUAUAGCUAUCAUUUUCAAAUGGGGGAGGCUUUGCCGAAUAGUGCCUUUAAUACGUUGAUUCCAUUCUUAGGCAAGUUGCCCCAAAUUUAGAUCAAGGGUUUUACAUUAGA